AUGUCAGACGAUCUCAAGGAUGAGAUAGAAGCCCUCAACUCAAUCUACGGAGACGACACGCUCCGCGCUUCCUCGCCGCCAGAAAGCUAUGUUCUCACACUUCCCGGCGGCCCGGGCGCCUCCUCGCUCACCCUCCGCUUCGCCGACACGUACCCUGACGUACCUCCGGAGAUCCUCGGCACCCACAGCGCCGGCGAGAACGCGCCCCGUGGCGCCGGCGCCCGCGACCUAUCCCUGUUUCGCGAGGCCGUCGCCGCCGUCUACCAGCCGGGCGCUGUCUGCCUCUUUGACGCCGUGGAAGAGUUCUCGAGACGGCUGGAGGAAGUUUCAGAAGCUGAGCCGUCAGCACCACCCACCACCACCUCACAUUCGCCGCCGUCGACAUCGACACGGCUCAAGAAUGAGCACCAGGACGCUGAAGCUGACACUAUGCCUUUGUUCAUGCUAGAGGAACCCCCCUGGAUCAUCUCGGACCCCUUUGUCGAGCUCAAAUCCGUCUUCCUCGCGCGCGCCGCGCCCGUCACGUCCCCCGAGCAGGCCGCGGGCUACGUCCAGCACCUGAUCGCGACGGACAAAAAGGUACGCACCGCGACGCACAACAUGACGGCGUGGCGGAUCCGCGGGCCCAACGGCACCAGUUUUCAGGACUGCGACGACGACGGCGAGACCGCCGCGGGGGGGCGGCUGCUGCACCUGAUGCAGCUCAUGGACCUGUGGGACGUCAUGGUCGUCGUGACGAGGUGGUAUGGGGGCCAGAAGCUAGGCCCGCGGAGGUUCGCGCUGAUUAAUAGCACCGCGAGGGAUGCCUUUGUAAAGGCUGGGUGGGCGGAGGAGCCGGGGCAGGGGAAGAAGAAGGGGCACGGCAAGUGA